CGUCCGGCGCGCGGCCGCUCGCGCGUUUCUCGCGGGCUGCUGGGUUCCCCGCGCACCUCGAGCGCUGAGGAGGGAACGUGGCGGCCGCCGGAGGGUGCCCGCCGCCGCGUCCGGGCUAGUCCUGGCGUCCUCCCUUUCCCCAGGCCUUGGAGCUGAGGCUCAGAACCAGAGCGGGAGCGCCACGCGGGCCGUGGGCAUGGCAGCCCCAGAGGCUGCGCCCUCUCAGGCUGAGAGCGCGGACCCCGCGCCCUGGGCGCAGCUGGAGGCCCCCGCGCGCCUCCUGCUGCAGGCGCUGCAGGCGGGGCCGGACGGGGCGCGGCGCGGCCUCGGGGUGCUGCGGACGCUGGGCAGCCGCGGCGGGGAGCCCUUCUGCUGGGACCGCGUCCUCGAGGCUCUGUGCCGGGAGGAGCCCGUCGUGGAGGGCCCGGACUGUCGGCUGCAGCUGAAACCAUUGCUGCUGCGAUUGCCCCGGUUAUGCCAGAGGAACCUGAUGUCCCUGUUGAUGGCUGUUAGGCCAUCACUGCCUGAAAGCAGGCUCCUCCCUGUGCUGCAGAUUGCACAGCAGGACUCAAGCCCUGAAGCUGAUACCUGGCUCCAAGCCCUGGGGGAGUUACUGCGAAGGGAUGUGAGCACUGGGGUCUCCAUGGAGGGAGCGUCCCCACUGUCUGAAAGGUGCCAGAGACAGCUCCGAGACCUGUGUAGGCAGCUGGGCCCGGGGGGCAGGAGGCUGAAGUUGCCCCAGUCUCCAGACCCCAAAGAGGAACAAGAGGAGAACAAGGACCCCCAGCGGCCUGGGAAACGGAGAAAGGAGCCAGAGGAAGAGCCUGCCGGUCCUGAAGGGGAGAGGGCCCCCAAAAGGGUCCGGUGUUUGAGGAGAGAAGAAGAGGAAGGUCAUGAGGAGAGCGCUGGACAUGAACCUUUGGAAUCCCUGGCAGAUGGAAGAGGCGCAUCGCCCAUUAAGAACCAGCCUGUCUUGAGGGCUGAGCCCAGGAAGGCCAGUGAGAGCCUAGACGACGCCAAGGGCUCAGCUGAGAGUUUGGAGUUGCCCAAAGGUCUCCAGGACCAGGUUCCCAGGCUGCAGCAGCUGCUCAAGACCUGCGGGGAGAGGUUGGAGGGGUUGGAGGACACCGCCCCAGCUGAGCUGCAGCUUCUCCACGAAUGCAGCCCCAGCCAGGUGAACCUGCUGUGUGCCCAGCUGCAGCUGCCCCAGCUCUCGGACGCAGGUCUCCUGCAGGUCUGCACCUGGCUGCUGUCCCUUUCACCAGAUCUUAGCCUCAGCAAUGCUACUGUGCUGGCCACAAGCCUCUUUCUUGGACGAAUUCUCUCCCUGACUUCCUCCGCCUCCCGUCUGCUCAGGAUUGCCCUGACUUCCUUCUGUGCCAAGUAUACCUACCCCGUCUGCAGAGCCCUCCUUGGCCCCGUGCUCCGGGCCCCAGAAAUCGGUCCAGCUCAAACAGAGUUACUGUGUUGCCUUAUGAAGGAUGAGGCCCUGGAGCCAGACAUGCGGGUUGUAAUGCUGGGACAGAUCUUGGAGCUGCCCUGGAAGGAGGAGGUGUUCUUGGUGUUGCAGUCGCUCCUGGAGCGGCAGGUGGAGAUGACCCCCGAGAAGUUCGGUGUGUUGAUGGACAAGCUCUGUAAAGAGGGGCUGGCAGCCACCACGUCCAUGGCUUAUGCCAAGCUCAUGCUGACAGUGAUGACCAAGUAUCAGGCCAACAUCACUGAGACCCAGAGGCUGAGCAUGGCCACCCCCCUGGCACUCAACACCACUUUCCUGAGGAAGUCUCUGCAGGCCACCCUGAGACAUCUGGCCCCCUGACCUUCCACCAAGGGACCCACCCUCCUCGCACUCCCUCGCCAGCUUCCUGAACAACACUUCUGCCCUCAGCACCUCACCCUGACCCCUUGCCUGGGGGCAGAGGUUAGCCUGGCCAUCCCGGGGAUCAACUGCCUCCCUGUUCAGGCGGCAGAGAAGCCAUCUUGGCCUCCCAGCCGGCAGGGAGUCCUGGGCUAAGGGGCCUGCAGCAGCUGGAUUUCCAAGGGCUGCUGACACUGGCUCCCUCCUUGUCACUUCUACCUCAGCUGUGGGCACAGAAGCUUUCCCAUAGGCCUCUGCAGGGUCACAGCCGACCCAGAGUAGACAAAUGACACUGCAGGAGCCCUGGGGGCCCUGUGUGCUCAGCACAAAUCUCUUGUGCUUGAAUGUAUGUUACAAUCUGUGUUCUUGUUUCUGACUUGAAUAAUAAUUUAUCGAUUGUAUCUAAUAAAAAGCA